AUACUGCCCGAGCCCGGGCGGGGUCUCUGUUCUCUGGCAGAGGAGGUCCCUUGGCAGCGGGAAGCUCCCUCUCUUUCUCUCGCUGCCGCUCCGAGUCUGCGCCCUGGUGCCAGGCGCCCCGCUCGGCGCUCCCCUGUGCUCGCCCGGCGCCCACUCAUUCGCAGCCCAGCCUUCUCCGCUGCCGCCUCCCUGCUCCUCUUCCUCCGCCUGCCGCGGCCAUGGCGGACAGCGCCAGCGAGAGCGACACGGACGGGGCGGGGGGCAACAGCAGCAGCUCGGCCGCCAUGCAGUCGUCCUGCUCGUCGACCUCGGGCGGCGGCGGCGGCGGCGGCAGCGGCGGUGGGAAAUCCGGGGGCAUUGUCAUCUCGCCGUUCCGCCUGGAGGAGCUCACCAACCGCCUGGCCUCGCUGCAGCAGGAGAACAAGGUGUUGAAGAUCGAGCUGGAGACCUACAAACUCAAGUGCAAGGCGCUGCAGGAGGAGAACCGCGACCUGCGCAAAGCCAGCGUGACCAUCCAAGCCAGGGCCGAGCAAGAAGAAGAAUUCAUCAGUAACACUUUGUUCAAGAAAAUCCAGGCUUUGCAGAAGGAGAAAGAAACCCUUGCAGUAAAUUAUGAGAAGGAAGAAGAGUUCCUCACUAAUGAGCUCUCCAGAAAAUUGAUGCAGUUGCAGCAUGAGAAAGCCGAGCUAGAACAGCAUCUUGAACAGGAGCAGGAAUUUCAGGUUAACAAACUGAUGAAGAAAAUUAAAAAACUGGAGAAUGAUACCAUCUCUAAGCAGCUUACCUUAGAGCAGUUGAGACGAGAGAAGAUUGACCUUGAAAAUACAUUGGAACAAGAACAAGAAGCACUAGUUAAUCGUCUCUGGAAAAGGAUGGAUAAACUGGAAGCUGAAAAGCGAAUCCUGCAGGAGAAAUUAGACCAGCCUGUCUCUGCUCCACCAUCACCCAGAGAUAUCUCCAUGGAGAUUGACUCGCCAGAAAACAUGAUGCGCCACAUCAGGUUCUUAAAGAAUGAAGUGGAGAGGCUGAAGAAGCAACUGAGAGCUGCUCAGUUACAGCAUUCAGAGAAAAUGGCACAGUAUCUGGAGGAGGAACGCCACAUGAGGGAAGAGAACUUGAGGCUGCAGAGGAAGCUGCAGAGGGAGAUGGAGAGAAGAGAAGCCCUCUGUCGACAGCUCUCUGAGAGCGAGUCCAGCUUAGAAAUGGAUGAUGAGAGGUAUUUUAAUGAGAUGUCUGCUCAAGGACUAAGACCUCGCACUGUGUCCAGCCCAAUCCCUUACACGCCUUCUCCGAGUUCCAGCAGGCCUAUUUCACCUGGUCUAUCAUACGCAAGUCACACAGUUGGUUUCACGCCACCAACAUCACUGACUAGAGCCGGAAUGUCUUAUUACAAUUCCCCGGGCCUUCACGUGCAGCACAUGGGAGCCUCCCAUGGCAUCACAAGGCCUUCACCACGGAGAAGCAACAGUCCUGACAAAUUCAAACGGCCCACGCCGCCUCCAUCUCCCAACACACAGACCCCAGUCCAGCCACCUCCACCUCCGCCUCCGCCACCCAUGCAGCCUGCGGUCCCCUCGGCAGCCACCUCGCAGCCCGCCCCUUCGCAACAUUCGGUGCACCCCUCCUCCCAGCCUUAAUGCAUGUGCUUAGUCUGAAUUUUAAGUUGGGACUUGUAAAAUGGAGCCGUCUACUCAACGCCAAAGGCUUCCUUCCCUGGCAUAUUUGGAUCUGACUUAUUUGCACUGAGGUUAUCUAGGCUUCACUCUUAAUUGUGCUGUAAAUGUAUGUUGGAAACGCAGCCAGUGUUGUGGGUCGGCGACACUAACCAGACGAGUUUUUCCAUCAGUGUUUUACUUGAAUCUCCAUGUAUGUCCAUUCCCUGGCUGGAACAUUUGCUCUUCGAUAUUUGGUAAUCAGCUGCAGUGUGCAAUUCUAGCUUGGCCCCAGAGCUUCAUUGUCCUGGCUUUUAGAUUUGUAAAAUAAAAAGGGAUAUCUUUUUUUAUAUUUUUUUUUCAUAAAUUUGCAGAAAAUUACUGAGCUGUUAUUACCCACCCACCACCCCCCAUCAUAAUGGUGUUUACCAAACAUCCAGUAGUUCAGCACUACAAUUCUCACCUUUGAAAAAUCUAGCUUUCAAUGUAGAAUGGAAAGUUAGAUGAAUCAGUGCCCAAAACAUCUGUUUAACAGAGCUUUCUACAGAUACACUUUUUACAGUAUCUAUUGACAUCCAUGUUGAAACUCUUGUAAAAUAGAGAGCCUGAAGUGAUGGAUCACAUGGUUAUUGUAUAUGAAGAUGUGGUUCUUUCCAUCAUCUUUAAUGUUACCUGAACUGGCCCCCUCUGACAUGAGUCGAUAAAUGUUAUCCCCCUACCAGCAAUUUUGGUGGCUGAUUAGAAUGUGCUAUUUGAUUUCUGCUGCCGAGGGCAAUGUGAUUGUAACAAAAACAGCUGUUUUCCCCUUCCAUUCUUUAUUUGUGUUUCCCUAAAGUAGAGUUCGAACAAAUAUUUUAAAGAUGCAAAAAUACUAUUAGUAAAUGCUAUUUGAAAUGAGCAUUAUAGAAAUAUCUUGGCAUAAUGGCCACAAAAUACUGUAUUGCUUGGCAGAAAAGCAAAGAGAUAUAGAGGAAAGGAGCACAUUAGCAUCGAUGAAUGCUUAUUUCACCCAGUAUAAAGCAAGCGCGGUGUACAAAGAAGUAUAUUCUGAAUACAUUAUUUGCAUUCAUUUAGCACAAAUAAAUCAUUUGGUUUCACUUUGACGUGAAACACUGUGAGUCACUCUUUUCUUAAUAACUUGCAACAUCUUUAUUUUUCAGCAGUUCUUGUUUUGUACUUUGGUAGUAAAGUGAUUUUUACCACCUGUGUUUGCGUAUUUAUAUAUGCUGUGGACGGAAAUAACUUACUAGAGAAUGUAUAUUUUAUGAUGAGAAUGUGUAUCUGUUGGAUAUAAUCAGAGCUGAAAAUUAAUUUAUCAGUAAUUUUUAAGAGUCCAUGUUUUGUGACAACCGUCUCUAAUUAACUCUUUAUUGAACACACUUCUAAAAAUAUGGAACCAUGACAUUGUAGAUAUUUAAUAUUGUACAGUAUAGAAACCUCCAGUUUUGCCUUCAGAUACAUAUUUAAGAGUUCCAGAAUGAAAAAAGUCUUGUUGGAUAAUAGUGUUUGACUAGCAUUUUAAGAACUUGAGAAUAAAAGCAACAAUAGGACUUUCCACUUCUUCCUGCUUCUACCCCCAAACUGAGAAUGUCACUCUUCAAUUGCUUGGAAGAAAUUGUACGUCUGUAUAAAUUUUAUUUAUAGUGUGUGUGAUAUACAUAAUCAUAGUACAGUUCUCAUAUACAGGGAAGGAGUUUGGUGUUUAAUUAUUGAGGCUUUUGGCUUUUAAUACAAUCAGACUGGGUCGUGUCAAACCCAGAGAUUCCGCCAACAGCCCACUGACCCCCCCGGUACAUUGCCAUUCCGAGGAAUUCUGAGAGUAGGCAAACAAAUUUUGCCUUCAUGGUACAGUUCUCGGUUUUUCUUAUAGGAGAAACAUGGUAUAUGUUUACAAGAAUCUUUUAUGAGAUUGUAGAUUUCAGUGCUGUUGGAUAGCGUCUUAUACUCAAGCAAAAAUCCAUAAUGUAGUGAUCGUCCCUCAGCUUCCUAUCCAUUUAGUUACCCCCUGAAAGCACAAAAGUCAAAACAUUGCCAUAUGGUGCAUGAAAAAGCACCUGGACUGAGCAAACAGCUUCUGAUAAAUGCCUCUUAGAGACAGUUUUGACAUUCUGCUAAAAUGUAGUGCCCGUUCCCCUAGUCAUUUCACUUCAAAAUAAAACACAGCUCCUUCAAACAGCCAUUUCCCACCUUAAAUCUAGUCACUGCACCCCUGCGGACAUUCAGAAUUGAUAGAACAAAACACUACUGGUUUGAAUUUAUGAUGUUUCAUGUUUUUUUUUUUUUUUCGGAAGCAAUAGCUGCCGCUAACAUUUGUUGAGCGCUUACUGUAUGCCAGGCCUGUGCUUCUUGCUUGACCUGCCUCAUGGCAUUCAUUUUUUCCUGUAAAUUUUCCAUCUCUUUUUGUUUGUGAAAGUUUGUUUGUUUGUUUUGUUUGAAAGUUUA